AGCCAAUCAGGAAAAGCAAUAUUUGGCUUCCGGUGGUCGAAAGUGACUCCCCGCCCAUCCUACAUAACCACUACCAGUCAUUCUUAUGAAACAAAAACAUUGGAUAGUAUUCACUCCGCCGCUUUCAACUGAACACUUUUUGUACACAAACUGAGACACAUUUUUGUUAAAAAUGUCGAUUUACAGGAAUGCCGUUUGGUUUGUGAAAGGACUCCAGGAGUAUACAAAGAGUGGCUAUGAAGCUGCAGCGAAGCAUUUUGCUCCAGCAGACCUGGAUGUAAACCUGAGUGGGAGGUCCUUCAUGAUAACCGGUUGCAACAGUGGGAUAGGAAAAGCCACAGCGCAGGAAAUAGCCAACAGAGGGGGAACUAUUCACAUGGUGUGUCGAAACAAGGGGCGAGCAGAAGCAGCCAAAGAUGAAAUUGUGGAACGGAGUAAAAAUCAGAACGUUCACGUCCACAUCGUUGACAUGUCCAACGCGAAACAAGUAUGGGAGUUCGCCCAGAACUUCUUACAAAGCAACGCCGUACAUGUACUGAUUAACAAUGCUGGCUGUAUGGUCAACCAGAGAGAGUUAACUGAGGAAGGUUUGGAGAAGAACUUUGCCACAAAUACACUCGGUACAUACAUCCUCACCACAGCAUUGAUAUCUGCACUGAAGAAGGUUGAAGACCCAAGAGUGGUCACGGUGUCGUCAGGCGGCAUGCUCACACAGAAGCUGAACGUGGACGACCUCCAGUUUGAGAAGGGGACAUUUGAUGGCACCAUGGCCUACGCUCAGAACAAAAGACAGCAGGUGAUACUGACAGACAGAUGGGCUUCUCAGCACAAAGAGAUCCACUUCUCCUCCAUGCACCCUGGCUGGGCAGACACACCAGCUGUCCAGACGUCCAUGCCUUCAUUCCACGCUAAGAUGCAGUCCAAACUGAGGACGGAGGCCAUGGGGGCCGACACCUCGGUGUGGCUCGCCGUGUCUGCGGCCGCCGCAAAGCAGCCGAGCGGACUCUUCUUUCAGGAUCGCAAAGCGGUGGCGACACACCUGCCGCUGGCCUCCACCAGGUGCACCCCCCAGGAGGAGGAGAAGCUUCUGGCUGCGCUGGAGGAGUUCGCCCUCAAGUUCAAACCUCAAUAGGCCUACCUCUGUUAAUGCACUUAUAAAACCAAACACUCCUAAACAAUUACUAAUGUUUACAAAAUCAUGUUUUUGUGCAGUAAUACUUUUUCACAUUUUUGACUGAUACUUUAAAGAACAAAAACUGAAGUGAAGGUGUCUUCUGGAAAGAUGAAUUGUGGUGUUGCUUUUGUCUACUACUACUGUGAGAAAUGUUUAAUAUAAAUCUAACACAAAAUGCUAAUUUCUAUCUUCAUUUAUGUAAAAUUGAUUGUUUAAUUCUCUGCCGUUUUGUUUGGUAACAGGGUGGUGGAUGGUCAGGUUUGGUUAUUUUCAUAUUAAAUGUAUUUAAACAUUUGU